GCGCAAAGAGUAAAAUAUUUACUAACAAAUAAACACAUUUUUGAAACACUUGCGACAAGGAUACAACAAUUUAUAUAUUUUUAACGUUACGCAGAAUUUAUUAGUGAAUUGGCAAUUGGAAUAGACGGACGGGCAUUCACACGGCACAAGAGUCUGCAAUACCAGCAGCAAUACAACAACAACAACAACAACUUAUACUACAGUAGCAGCAGCAACAACCAAUUGCUGCUACAUUUCAAUGCAAAUCAGUGAUUUUUCUAUUUUUUGGAAUUCAGUUAUCAUUGAAUAAAACAAUCCGAGGGGAUAUGAACAGACCUUACGCGGGAAGUGAAAAUCGAAUAAAAAAAAUGUGAAGCUUGAAACAAGUGCAGGCGUCCCCCCUCAAAUCAAGAAAAGUGUAACGAAAAUUUCCUCAUCUAUAAAAAAGAAAGUGCAUCUGUCAUAGAAAAAGUCAAUUGCUUUUUUCAUAAUUAAAAGGAUACAAACUACAUAUGCAAGCACCAAAGAAGCACAAGAAGUUUAUGUAUAUACUACCAGCAGAGUUGGAGACAAAAGUGCAGCAGCAGCAAAUUGUAUUAAAAAUUUAAUUCCUAACGAACAAUAAGCAUCUAAAAUGUAUUUGGAAAAGUUGGAAGGGAUUGGCAGCAGCAGCAACCGUAGACGAAGUUAUAAAGGUUUUUGUAAAGCAUCAGCAGUGUUGACGCUAUGGCAACAGUAAUACCACCGACCUCAAAUGUUGAGGCCGCCUAUGAAGACAUGUUCAAAGAAAUCACAAGAAAAUUAUAUGGCGAAGAGACCGGAAAUGGUUUGCAUACAUUAGGCACCCCUGUAGCACAGGUGGCGACCACAGGACCCACAGCAGCACCAGAGGGUGAACAGAGAUCAUUCACAAAUUUGCAAAUCGAUCGUUCUACUCAGCCCACCAUUGAGUAUGAGCAUAAUACGGGUAACGUUGUUGGCUCCGCGGCAGCAGGUUCGGCAACAUCUGCGGCUGCCUCGGCAGCAGCUGUUAUUGCCGCAGCCACAAACCAACAAAAUGCCACAAAUGUGGUAAUUCAGCAACAACCUGAGGGCUCUGUUGUCGUUACCACAACCACCAGUACAGGUGGCAAUUUUAAAUCGGAAGAUCAUCUCAGUACGGCAUUUGGUUUGGCAGCUUUAAUGCAACAGAAUGGGUUUGCGACGACAACCGGUACGAUUUUGAGCAGCCAGGCCAUAAAUAAAGUCAUAACCACGGCUGCUGGUAGUCAACAGCCACAGCAACAACAAUUGUCGGGUGAUCAGCAACAGCAGCAGCAGCAACAAGCCUGGAAUGAGGGUGCACAAGAUCAACAACAACAACAACAGCAAACACAACCGGCGCCGACCACACAAAUUGUCCAGUGGACGACAACUCCUAGUGGCAAGCUACAAAGCUAUUCGACAACAACCGCCCAGCCCCAGCAAACCCAACAACAACAACAGGUCUCAACGCCCAAAUCCAAAAACAAAAAUCGCAACGAGCACAAUUCAACACCAUCCAGUAAUGCAGCCGAAGUUAUUUAUACUAGUCCAACAGCAGCGUCAGGCAACAAUAAUAUGAGUCAGCAGCAGACACCUCAGAAUAGCGCAAACACUUCUAGUUCAUCGACCACCUCGACUAGUUCUUCCGGCGGCAGUUCUGGCGGUGGUAGUCGCAAGAAAUCACAUCAUAAUCAAAAUAAUCAGAACAACAACAAUGGUCAGCCUUUGGUGCAAAAACGUUAUGCAUGCACUCACUGUCCUUAUUCCACAGAUCGUCGCGAUCUGUAUACGCGCCAUGAGAACAUUCACAAAGAUGAGAAGCCAUUCCAAUGUUACGCUUGUCUCAAACAAUUCAAUCGCGCCGAUCAUGUUAAGAAGCAUUUCCUGCGUAUGCAUCGCGAAAUGCAAUAUGACAUAAACAAGACACGACGACAUGUGCCCUCGAGCAAUUCGGCGGGCGGGGGUCAUCAUCAUGGCGGGGGCAGAAGUAAUGUCACCAUCACAGCGGUAAAUACUAGCCCUAGUGAUUUACAUAAUGACGGCAAUGCCAUUGAACAAAAACCUAUAAUCUUCCAGACACAGGCGAAUGUCAAUUUGGAACAAGCCUUUUUGGAACAGCAACGCCAGCCGACAUCGUCUAGUCUCAGCAUAGCCGAAACCAUUGAAGCAGUGGCCACGGCCACCGAUGUGCCCUUGCCGCAAUUGAAGCAGGAGAAGAAUGACGAUGGCACCUUGGUGGGCGGACAGGUGGUGGCUAGUGUGAAACCGAAGAGGGAAAAACGUUUCACCUGCUGCUAUUGCCCCUGGUCGGGUGCCGACAAGUGGGGUCUAAAGAGGCAUUUAAAUACCCACACAAAGCCUUUCGUCUGUCUCCUAUGCGAUUACAAGGCGGCCCGAUCGGAGCGUUUGGCUACACACGUCCUUAAGGUACACAACAAGAGGGCGUGCAACAAAUGUUCAUUCCUGGGAGAUUCUCUGGAGGAGUUCCAGCAGCAUUUGAAUGAAGUGCAUCCAACCGCACCUUCGUCUCGUAAUACAAACUCCUCUAGCAAUACCAAUACGACCACUACUAACAAUAACUCAACCAAUAACUUGAAUGUUUUGCGUACCAUUGGUAACACUUUAGGAAAUAAUAACCAAUUAAAUCAAUUUCAGAAUAACAAUUUUAGUGUUAAUAAUGUUUCGACUACAACAAAUGGCAACUCGGUUACCAUCUAUACCACCACAACCACCGAUAAUCAGGGUGGCAACAUAACAGCCGGGGGACCUCUACAGGAGAUUAUUGUGAAUCCCACGUCCAUGGUGGGCUGGCGUCUGAGUGCCAACGGUUCUCUGAUACCGCCCCACGACCUGUUGACGGGCGGCCUGCCCAAUGCGGCCACCCAGAAAAGGGGUUCCGAGCGUCUAUUUCAAUAUCUUGAGGCGGAUGGAAGUGAUCCCGAAGACUAUGCGCGUCUUUUGAAAAUGGACGCAAUUAGUCGCAACACAGCUUCUGUCGCUCAGGAUUUUCAUAAGGCGGGAGGCGUGCAAGAGUUGAAACUACCAGCCAACCAUCAACUCCUGUUCAAUAAUAAACUGCCCUCUCAGUGGACGACUAAAGAAGCCGCUGCUUUAUUGCAAAGUCUAAGCAAUGCCAACAACUUGAGCUAUGUCUACCAACAGCAACAGCGUUCCAAAUAUGCACAUCAUCAGAAUGGUUUAAUGCGCCAGCGACAACAUUCCCUAGGCGAUGAUAACGAGAAUACACCAUCGUCGGAUACAUCAACGACCACCCUAAGCGAUGACUUGUCACCAUUGAAGAUGGAACGAUCGAAUGGCCACAACCAUAGCCAUAGCCACAGUCUGCAGAUGACACCAUCAGGCGAACAAAAGAAGUCAGGGUCAUCAGCGGCAUUCUUGCACAAAAGCUACGAUUUGCAGGAUUCUGGAUUAUCCAACUCGUCGUCAGUGAUCCAUGCCACUGACAAUAGUAGCAACAGCAGCGGCCAUCAUUAUCAUGAUGAUCAAGAAAAUCAAGAGCAGCUUAUUAGAUCGUCUCCCGCAUAUAAAAAUAAUAACAACAACAACAACUAUUACAACAACAACAACAAUAAUAAUAAUAGCAACUACAAUAACAAUUUGAAUAAAAUCAAGUCGUCGAAUAGAAAUACCAACAGCAAUAAUAACAACAACAACAACAACCACAUUCAACAGCAGCAGCAACAUCAACAUCGUCUAGAUCUGCACAACAAAGAGAACAACAACAAUGCAACAUUCCUGACACAAAUGGAAUUCCAGAACCUCAAUAAAAUUGGCACCCAAUUCCAGAACUAUGUCAAAGACAUUAUAAGCAAAUACUAUGCAGCGGAAACACCCGUCAUGUUUCCCAACAUGCCAACGCCGACCGCCACCGCUCAACAGAGCCAACAAAGACUAGCCAACCAGGUAUCGCCCAAGCGCAAGCGUUUAAUGAGCGAAACGGAGGAGUACAUAGAAUAUCUAAAGAACAAAGAGGACAUUACGCUGACCAUAACGCCCAAACUUAUUGCCAACAACCAGCAGCAGCAGCAGCAGCAACACCAUUGUAAGCCGCAAUCCCCCUUGAAGAGAGAAAGAGAUUUGGCCUCGGACUCGUACAGAAGACUUUCACCAAAGAAAACAGUCAUAACAUCCACUCCACAAACUCCGCACCAGCACAAGGCAAACAAGAAAUCCUUAAAUCAGCUGGCCACUCUGCUGCCCCUGCUGGCGGAUGCUGCUUCACAGCAACAAUACUUAACGGCCCCUUUGGAUUUUAGCAAGAAACCAACCCAACAACCAAUGGCUGAAGUGAAGCAAGAAGUCGUUAAGGAAGAAUUCACUGGCAUCACUAUCAUCAAGGAAGAACCCCAAGACCCCAUAGAAUCUCAAACGGCCGAAAUAGCCUAUGCGAAUUUUGCGCCGCCACCACCACCACCACAGGCUGCAACAACGCCGCCACCAUUAAACUGCUCGUUAAUGUAUGAUAAACGUUCCUCUCGCAAACAGGCUCAGCCUAAGAAAAUGCGUCAACCACCAGAUGUUGUGGUAGCUGCACUUCGGGAUAAGUACUUAAAUCGAAUGGUCGAUCACAAGCUCAGCUGUGCCGACUGUGUGAAGAUGAAGAGAUCGUCCAUGCUGGUCUUCAACUACCAUACGAAAGCCUCACUCUGCCUGCAUCGCCUAUGGAAACAUGCCCAGAAGCCCAUGAAAUGUAGAAUAUGUGGCGACAAGUUUGGCAAGAGAUGCAGUUACAUCCUACACAUCAUACGCAGGCACAACGAUAUGAAAGGCACUGAAAAACUGCUCUCCCCGCAGUCUUAGGCCUCAAGAACCAUCAACUGAGGUUUAUAUUGAGGCUUAUCUUGUGCCCACAGAUCAACUUGCGGACCUUGGGCGGAAGUAAGAGUAUCUGUCUUCCUUGUCAAGGCUUUACUUUUGUGUUUUGUUGAGAGGGGAAUUGCCCUGCAACGGCAGUGCGGCCCUAUCCAGUUAGCCUAAGCUCGCAUUUUACUAAAAGUAAAUCAUAAUUCGAUUCGAAUACUGAUCACAGAUAUGGAUCGUACUACUACUACAUAUAGUAUUUUAGUUGAGAUAAUUUAAUGCUUUAAACUUUUUCGAAAUUACAAAGAGAGAUUUGUUUUAGUAAGUCUUGCCAAAAACUUCCUAGCACUUUUGGUUGAAUUACAAAUUUGUCAAGAUUCUUGUAUAGGUAUUUUCUUUUUUUUUUGUUUGUUAAUUAAAACUACUUCAAGAGUAGUAGAAUAGUUUUUUUUUUUAAUUUAUCGCGUAGUCUCUAUUUCGUAUUUUAUUUUUAAAUAAAUGAAAUGAAUUUAAAUUUGAAUUUACUUUCAAACAAGAAAUAAAAAAGUAUUUAUUGGAUUUCCAAAUGUUUACCUCUCACUCACACCACCCCUCCUUGCCCUCAAUAAAUGCUGCCUUUGCUUUGUUGCAAAGGCAAACGUUGAAAGAACACCACGUACUCCAAUGCCACUAGCCGCAGUAUUCACUGUACCACACUCAUAUACCGUUUUUUUUUGCAUGGGAGUGCAUAGAGAGAAGUGUACAACAUAAUCAUCGCUUAUGUAUUAUUACUCAAAGGAAUUAUUUUUAUUACUAAAGUAUUUAAGUUACAUUUUAAGUUGUGAUGUACCUGAAAUAUGAUUUCGUCUAAAACAAAACAAAAACAAAAAACACACUCUAUGGAAUAUUUUUUAAUUUAAUACUCUACUACUAUUGUCUUUAUUGUUCUUAGUUGUUAGUGGUUAAGCUUUAAUUUGCCAUUAUUCUGCGUAAUCUUGUGUUAAUGUAAGAGUUUCUCAUAUAUAUGCGUAAAGUUAAGUUUGUAUUUUACUCCCCCCCCCCCCAAUUUGUUUGCCUUAACCCUACUUCCUUCAUCUUUUUUCCUUCGUAAUAUUGAUGUAAAGCUUUCAAUUUUUACACAAGUUUAUGUUGUAUUACGAACAAUUUAAGCCCUUAACGUAAUGUAGCUAACAUCCCCUUUUAAUCGAAUAAGUCUUGCCGCCGGUUUAAACGUCGGCCCUCAAUUCCUAACGAAUUGAUCAUGAUAUCCAUUUAACCGCCAUUGGCCGUCCCUCCCACUUAAUGAGACAACCUUACAAGGCAUGGUGUCUCGCAAACUCCUCCUCACCAGGCGGCUAUACACUACAAAUGACAUUCAUCAAUCACAAAGACAUUUAUGAUAUAAACAAAAAAAAAAAAAAAACAAAACAAAAGACAAAAAGAAACCCAAGAAAAACUUUAAACAACAAAACGUUUUAAUGACUGAAUGGAAACAAGAAAAUAAAACUCUAAAACAAAAAGUACACGGCAUAUUUUUUAUUUUUUAGUAUAAAGAAAAUUAUAUUUAUGUAUGAAGGUUUGACGUGUUAAAAAGAAAUUAUUAAAGAAAAAACAAAAAAGGCAAAUUUUGGUAUACAAAAUUUCUACACAAAACAAAAAUCUACUUAAAAAAAUGUAUUGACUUUUAGGCAAAAUGAAGAAAAAUUAAAAAAAAAAAUUUUGUUUUGGGAAAAUUUAAAGACGUAACAAAAAACGAAAACACAAUAGUCAAGUAAAAAGUGGUGUUUACUUUAUUUUAGAAAGAAAACAUAUUUGUCGCACCAUACAAGCAUACAUACAUACAUAUUUGUACUGUAAUGUUUUUGAUUUUAGUUCAAUGAUGAUACAUAUACAAUACAACAAUACAACAAAACCAACCAAACCAAGAACAGCAACAGCAAACAACCAACAAACAUACAUUUUCUCAAGAAUAAGAAAGAUUUCAAUAAAAAAAAAGAAUAGUUUAACAAAACAUGA